UUUAAACUGUCCAACUCGCAACUCGCGUUUCUCUAUAAGGGAUCUUUACCACUUCCCUGCCUAUGCGGCCGGAGCGCCGUGCCUCUCCCCAGCAGACAACCGCCUUCCAGGCAGUGCCCAGACUGCUUCCGACACCCUUAAAAUAAUACUGCAGCCCGGCGCCCCUGCCAUGGAUUCCUUUAAAGGUGGAAUGAAUUUGGAGAGACUGCCCGAGAGCUUGAGACCCCAACCCUCCCAUGACAUGGCUUCCAGCUUCCAUUUGCAAAGAUCCUCGGAACCCAGAGACCCGAUCGACAACUCAGCCAGUGAAUCCUCCGACACGGAGGUGCCAGAAAAGGAGCGCAGCGGCGAGCAGAAAAACGAGGACGGGGCCGCCGACGACCCGGCGAAGAAGAAGAAGCAGCGGCGGCAGCGGACCCACUUCACCAGCCAGCAGCUGCAGGAGCUGGAGGCCACUUUCCAGCGGAACCGCUACCCCGACAUGAGCAUGCGGGAGGAGAUCGCCGUCUGGACCAACCUCACCGAGCCCCGAGUGCGGGUUUGGUUCAAGAACCGCCGAGCCAAGUGGAGAAAGCGGGAGCGGAACCAGCAGAUGGACCUGUGCAAGAACGGCUACGUGCCGCAGUUCAGCGGGCUGAUGCAGCCCUACGACGACAUGUACGCCGGCUACCCCUACAACAACUGGGCCACCAAGAGCCUCACCCCGGCGCCGCUCUCCACCAAGAGCUUCACCUUCUUCAACUCCAUGAGCCCCCUGUCCUCGCAGUCCAUGUUCUCGGCGCCCAGCAGCAUCCCCUCCAUGAACAUGCCCUCCAGUAUGGGCCACUCGGCCGUGCCGGGCAUGGCCAACUCCGGCCUCAACAACAUCAACAACAUCAGCGGCUCCUCGCUCAACUCGGCCAUGUCCUCGCCGGCCUGUCCCUACGGGCCACCGGGCUCGCCCUACAGCGUCUACCGGGACACUUGCAACUCCAGCUUAGCCAGCCUCAGACUGAAAUCAAAGCAGCACUCCAGUUUCGGCUACAGCAGUUUGCAAAGCCCCGGCUCCAGUCUAAACGCCUGUCAGUACAACAGUUGACGGACUUGACACAAACCACCUCCGAGAAAGCACCGCCGACAAAGC